UUAUUUAUCAAUAUUUAUUAAAUCUAAUGGCUGGAAUUGCCAGUCCCGCUUUUUCAGAGGUAGAGAGAAAAAUUAGUGAACAUAAUUUAAGAAUUUCCAUUGAUCUAACUAAGGAAAACAAUGGUGAGGAACAAAAAAAAUACAUCGAAAGUAUUGACAGUGAGAAUUCUCAAAGUUUAAAAAAAGAAACAAAAUUUCAAUUAUGCUUUUCAAAUAAAAACGCACUUAUCAAAUACUUCGGAGUAAUUGCAAUAAAUAUUGUCGUAUUGAUUUACUUAAUUUUUGCAAGUCUUUACUGGUCCAAAAAUAACAAUAAUUGUGUAUUCGAGUGGUGCGACGGGUAUGGAAUGCUCUUACUCCUCAUAUCAAUCACGUACUUAAGUUUGUGUUACUACUUUAUUAUAAAAAAGUAUUUUUCCAAUGCGAUAAAACUGAUUUUCCGACCGUGCUGCGACUGCUUGGAGUCAAUCAACCGAAUAAGAUACGCAUCAUGUUCAAUAAAAGCAUUAUUCUACUUAAUUAUACUGGCGUCAGUAAUAGUCUUUUUGAUCUACGACACGAUUGGGUCAAGGGAUCGUUUAAUAAGCUGUAUUGGGAUGUUUGUCAUGCUUUCAUUUGGUCUAUUAUUUUCUAAGCAUCCGCGCAAGAUAAAUUGGAGACCUGUAAUCUGGGGUCUAAUCCUUCAAUUUGGUUUUGGAAUUUUAACAAUUCGUUGGUCAGUUGGCAGAAUGAUAUUCCAAUGCUUAUCAAACAAAGUCGCUAAAUUCUUAAACUACGCCGAAAGUGGCUCAAAAUUUGUUUUUUCUGACCAACUUGUAGACAGCAAAGUUUUUGCAUUUUCCGCUUUACCAGUAAUAUUCUUCUUCAGUUUCAUGAUCCAAAUUUUGUACUACCUGGGCGCCAUGCAAUGGGUGAUACUAAAAUUAGGCUGGGCUUUACAUGCAGUGAUGAGUACAACUGUCUGUGAAUCUCUCAAUGCUGCUGCCAAUACUUUCCUUGGAAUGACAGAAUCUCCAUUAUUGAUCAAACCUUAUAUUAAUAAAUUGACGACUUCAGAAAUUCAUUCUGUAAUGACUUCUGGGUUUGCUUCAGUUUCUGGGACGGUAUUAGCAGCAUAUAUAAGUUUUGGCGCCCAACCAGCGCACUUGAUAACAGCAUCAGUAAUGGCAGCACCAGCAUCACUAGCUUUUUCCAAAUUAUUUUACCCCGAGACUGAAAAGAGCCAAACAACGUUCAAAAAUAUCCCGCUUCAAAAAUCAGAGGACACUAGUGUAAUGGAUGCCGCUACAAAGGGCGCUCUGGCGGGAAUCCCCCUAGUUUUGGGAAUCAUAGCUAACAUAGUAGCGUUUGUGUCCUUCAUUUCGUUUUUCAACGCCAUUUUGUCGUGGUUUGGCGGACUGGUAGGUUUCACGGAUUUGACCUUCGAAUACUUGCUAUCUAGAGCGUUUAUGCCGCUAAGUUGGAUAAUUGGGGUCCCUUGGGACCAGUGCGAGGACGUAGCUACUCUUAUUGGGCUCAAAACGGUAGUAAAUGAAUUCGUAGCUUAUCAAAAGUUGGGAGAGUUUAAAAAAUUGGGUAAACUUACCCCGAGAGUCGAAGGAAUCGCUACUUUUGCUAUUUGCGGAUUCGCUAAUCCUGGGUCGGUAGGAAUUAUGAUGGGGGGAUUGGGUCAGUUGGCGCCCGAUAAGAGGGAGCAGAUUGCCGCUCGUAAAUUAUUACCAAGUCCACGGUGUAAUCUUAGCAACGUCCUCGCGCCAUUAGUA